AAGGUUUCAUGUCUCUGCCUGUUAUCUUGGUACUUCCUAGAUAGUUGUCUUUAAAGUUAUCUACGCUCUUAAAUGUAAUGUUUCGAUUUUCUGGCCAGAGAGUUUUAGCAUAAACUUGACAAACUGACUGGUAAUGACUUUUUUCUGAGGGACUUUGGAGGUGAGUGGUUAUGUAACUGUGGUCAGGGUAUAGCAUGGCUAUAGUAAGUACUUGUUCCUGAUAGAGUUUAGAUGUAAAUGGUAAUGUAGAGGUAUCUAGGAUAUAGCAUUGCUUAAUUUGGGACUGGUUCCUGGUGGAGUUUUGAAGUAAGUACAUAUGUAGAGCUAGUCAGGGUAAAGCAUUGCUAAGUUGAGACUGGUUCCUGCACUUGCAACUCAAGCAAAAGAAAAAAAUUGUUAAGGGGGAGAGAGAGAGUCUUUGUUGGAAAAAACGAAAAAGGUUCGAGUUUUAAAAAGAAAAUCAGCUCACCGAAAUGAUAUAUGCAUGCUGAAGAAAUGGUGUGGGACUUCCUGGAAUCAAUGUGACGUCGACUUGAAUUUCGCGUCGUCUAUUUUGACGGAUGAAACCAGGAACACCAAAUACGUUUGGCUGAUUUGGGUUGACAUCCCUAAUACAGUCCUAUUUUGUCAAAUUUUAAAAUCAUCCUUAGCAGAUGCGUGGAAUUACAGAACAGAUAUAUUAUAUAACAAAUUUACUAACAACUUGUUCAUAUAAGGGACUGAUUAUUCGAGUUAAAGUUUUUAAAAAAAUAUACAGCGCUUAUUAAAAAUUAAUUGCAAGAAAAACGUUUUGAUAAAUAUCGCUUAAUACCACUUAUGUAUAUGAUUUUUCAUUUUUUUUUCAAAAAGUUUUUAUAAACGGUAGAGAUUGUUGAAAGCUAAAAUUGUUCUAUGAAUUUCCUGUAUGGUGCAUGAUGAAAUUGUAUCUUCCUUUAAAACAAAUAAUUAAGUCUGAUUUUCUCUCUCUCUCUGUAUCUCUGCUUUUUCUCUUAGCAUCUCUGUCCCUCCCUGUGUCCCCUUCUCUUCCCCCUAUUUCUCUCUCCCCCUCUCUCUCCAGAUAAAUAACAAUACAAUUUUUUUUGUUUUUUUUUAAUUGCUGUAACAGACCAUGUUUGCUCACGAAACCAAUGAGUCAGAGAGGUGGCAUAAUUUGAAUAUUGAACUAUGUGAACGUGUAUUUUUCACGGAGAAAGAGAGUAAAUUAUGUUUUUGAAAAGCGGAAGUGAGUGGCAUGUUUUGUUGAGUGAUCAGGGGCAGUACAUCGGAUGUCGUAGUUAAGUGAGGACUUGGUUGUUUUUCUGAGAGGUGAAUUUUCUAUACCAUGGAAUAAUAUAUAUAUAUAUAUAUAUAUAUAUAUAUAUAUAUAUAUAUAUAUAUAUAUAUGUAUUUUUUUUUGAGAGUUGUUUUUUUUAUAUUAUAUGAUUAUAUAUAUAUAUAUAUAUAUAUAUAUAUAUAUAUAUAUAUAUAUAUAUACAUAUGUGAAAUAAUUGCAUUGUUGAUGUUUUUAACUGGACAUUUAUGCAAGGAUUCUUCUUAAUAUUAUUAUUGUAAAAGACGACGUAAUAAAGUACUGUGAGUUUAAUUGGAAAUUAAUAUACUUCUUUGUGUGACUGGCUAAGUGAGUGAAGGAAUGGAAGAAGUAUUACGCUACUCAAGCCGGCAUCCUGAAUCAUUAACAUAGAAGCAGCUAACCAUGCUACUGACACAACACCCUAAUAAAUAGCAUGUCAGAAGCAAUGUGUUACAAUGUAUUGUUUAAAAAUAAAUCAAUGGACGUCUAUGUUUAGACACAGAAGCACUUUAUGGUAGAAACAGGUGGUGCGCGCAUCCUUGCCUUUGAACAACUUGAAGUAGGUUGGUUGUUCAGUAGGUGGGUACAUACGAAAAUAAGCCACAGAUAUACAUACAAACACUCAUACAUGCACACACACACACACACAUACGCACACAUGCAUACAUUACACACACACAUACAUAUAUAGAUUAUGAAACUAGCUUUUCAAUGUCUAAUCUCCAGCUACAAAUGUUUCUCUUUUAAAAAUUAACGUUACCUUAAAUUCAAAUUCUUUAUUUGCCUUUGUAAAAUCUGCACAUGCUAGAGCAUCGUGUUUACAACAAACAUUUUCCAUACAAAUAUUUCACCUUCAACCUUUCUUAUCAAGCCUCUUUUUUUUUUUGAUGGGGAAUUCCAAAAAAAAGUUUCGGUGAUUCUUCAAAUGUGACGCGUAUAGUUUUCCCCAGAAAAUUAAGAGCCUUUUCAUUUGAUAAAUUUUAAUGUUGAGAUAAGAAUAUAACUAUAUUAGCGUGCGUUCCUCUCACUCGUAUAUUUUUGCUACUUGAUAGUGGAACGUAAGUCUGUUUUAAAUUAUUUUUAAAAAAAAAAGGUAAUGUGCUUUUAUUUAGAAAUGUUUUUAUUUUUUAAUGCAAUUUUCAUUUUCAGUUUCCGCACACAGAUGAAUAUUCUUUUAAAAACAAAUAUUUAUAAUUAAACACAAGACAUAUAAGAGUAAUUACCAUGCACAAAAAUCAACCGAAUGAAAAUUACUUAUCUAAAACACCUUUUCGUAAAAACUGUAUUUAAAAAUUUAAAUUUAAAAAUUACUAUAAUAAACAAAGAAACCCAAAACUUGUACUUGUUAUAUCAGUUAACAUUGGAUUUGUUGAUAAUAGAAGAUCAGGAAGGGGAUCGGUGAGAUGUUAAUAAUUUAUACAUUGAUACAGCUUGCAUUUAAUCAACUUAUGCGAAAGUCCCCAACCCCCAGGGAUAAAGACAGUAAUGACCCAGUUUUAUGCAGUGAGAAGGCCAGGAGUUUGGAGUUUGACAAGUCUGUCCCACGCAUUUUAAUAGCAUUACUCUCUUGCAAGUGCCAGAUUUUAGGGGUAUCAUCACCUACUUAAGAAAUUACAUCCAGGGCUACCCGACGCAUCAGCUCACAGAUAUGCGAAACGUGAAUUUGUUUGGUGCCAUGAUGAACAAUGUACAGUUUUUGAUAAAUAGCCACAACUUUGAUCUAUUAUUAGAAAAGACAAUACUCCUAUACCGUUGCCACCGGAAAUUUCUAAAGCGACCCUCCUUGAUGGUGAUAAAAGAAUGACAAAACCACUGGAAAUGCGAUAGAAAAGACAGCGUAUCUACAAAUCUAUUCAUUGUACAGAACAGUCGACACUCACUUUUUCUCCACAGAAUUCAUAAGUGCACUCCUCAUACAUGUCCUAACCAUCCACAUUUCUCUGUAUCACUGGAAUUUUGGGACUUCCGCUUAAGUGUUUCUUUGUGCGUUCCAGAGUCGUAGUCUUGAUCAAUUCUAAACUGAUCACUCUACAACAGCUUUAUUUUGGGAUCAUUGGUAAUUAUAAGGUAAUUAAUUAAUAUUGCUUCUGUAGAGUAACUCAUUUUGAUAUCCCAGAAUUACAUUACGUCAUCAUUAGAUUUCCCGAAACGCUCGAAGCAAAGACAAAGGGGGAAUAUAUUUUCAUUUCGUCGGAAACGUUGAACGGUUUGGGCAAAAUGCUCUUCUGAAUUUUGAAAUAAUUUCACUCAAAGGCAAUUGGCGCCCUCGAUGUAUGCCCACUUCCCAAUAAAACUCACAGUAAAUGUGGCCAUAGUUGGCAAUUUUGGCCCUUAUUGGCCUAGCUAGAGUACAACGGCCAUCGUUGAGCGAAGAGUUUUUUCUGUACUCAGUUCCACGAUACAAACGCUGCAUUUUUCCAAAACAUGCCACCCUCCAUAUAAAGAAAGAAGUGACACAGUUUGGACAAACCCUCUGGUCCCUUUUCCUACGCCACUGUCAUUGCCCAGACCUGAAGAGCCCCCCCUCCCCCUUUUUUCGAAAGAAAUCGUCUGAAAACACCCCCACUGCAUAUGAUCCCACAACUUUAUAAAUAUAAGCUCAUUGAAUAAGCUCAUUCAAAAUGUAUAUUUUACAUUUGCAAACUUCAUCAGGUUAUUUCUUACUACAGUGUAUUUUAAAAAUCAAUCAAGCAAAACAUCUCGUUUAUGUUAACUUUAUAUUUUAAAAAUAAAUAUUUAAUUUUACUUCCUCAGAUUCUUGUAUACAAAAUGGGAAACGAGCAGUCUAAAACAGAACCCAGUAUUGUGAAAAGAGAACGCACUAUUUCGAAAAAAGAACCCACUAUCUUGACUCCUCCUACCGAAAGAUUACCAGUCAAAACAGAUUCCACAUUAAACUACCUUCUCAUGGGAAAAGUAGCGAAUGGGAAAAGUUCCUCUGGCAAUGCUUUAGUCGGUGAAAAUGUUUUCCAAUCUUAUAACGCAACAACUGCGGGCACCAAAUGUAAUUGGCGUUACUGUAAUAAACACUUGGGAAGAGACAUUUGCGUCGUUGACACACCUGGUCUAUACGACACUGAACACAUGAACAGCAAUAUUGAAAAUGCAAGAUUUGCAAGAAAAUAUUUGACCAAAGCGUUUCAGCUGUGCCCUGAAGGCUUCCAUGCAUUGCUGAUUGUUUUGAAUGUUACCAAUAAAUAUAGCUCCGAAGACAAGAGCGUGAUUGAGUUACUAACAGAAAUUUUUGGAGAGAUUAUGUUUGAUUUCACAAUUUUAAUCUUUACACAUGGAGACAACUUUGAUAAUGAAUAUAAUUUGCUUGAUGCUGACAGGAGUCAAGAAGUUUUUAAAUCAUGGUGUAGACAACAAGCAGGUGAUCUUGGACAAUUGCUAAGUAAAUCUAAAUACAGGGCUGUUUUGUUUCAUAACACAGACACAUAUGAAUUACAUAGAGAUGUGGAGUUACUUGCCUUAGAUAGUGAAGUCCAGAAAAUAUCAAGUAAAGUGGGUCGAUAUACAGAGAGAACUUUUCAAAGAAAUGAACGCAAGAGAAAACAUAUUAUAUUGAAUUAUUAUCUACCUGAACUUCAAAAAGAAAUUAAUGAAAAAUUGCUAACUCUGAAGAAAGAACUUCAGCUAAUUGUAUCAGAUGGAAAAACAAUUACAGACAAGGCAAAGGAUGUUUUAGAAGCUAUAGAUAAGCAUGGAUCUAAGUACCCUACACUAGAUACUUUGAAGGAAAGUGUGAAAAAUAUACAGAAUAAUUUUAGACUUCAAACCUCCAAUCAAGAGAAGUUUCACCUUGUCACUAAAACUCAGGAACUUAUCGAUGGAAAUGUCCUUUUUGAGCUUAGGUCUCUGAGUGAUUUCAUUGAUAACAUCAGAAAUCCUGAAAAACACAAAGAGGAAAUGAAAGAUAAAGCGAAGGCUCUUGCUCGGUACGUAGACGAAGAAGAUCUUGGAACGAAUAAACUCGAUGACCUGAAAAAGAAAGUUGAAAUGUUUCUACUUCAAAUUGAUGAUUUAGAUACGAAGGGAUCUGGCACUCUUACAGAAAUGAAAUAAGUACUUAAGGUUUUAGUCGUGGUUGGUUUAAAAUGUAAUAUUUAUUAUGCAUUCAUUUUAGUAAGUACCUGUAUACAAUCCCAGCUUGUAAAUUGAAGUGCAAUACCCUGCAAAAGACUAGACAAGCAAAAACCUCAACAGCACCUAGGGUAGAGAGGACUCGUUAAACUUGAAUGGCAAGUAAUCUAAGAGAAUGCAAACUCUAAACUCAAACCCAGAGAUGGAAUCCCGUAGGCUGUAUGACAUUGACGUAAUGAAAAUUCUGACAACUCCUGCUACUUGGAACGCGUAAGGAGGAAAUUGAGACACAAGAAAAAAGUUUUGGAAUUAGAACACAGGCUUAUACGAGAGGGUGAAGAUAUCGAAAUUGAGCAUGAAAUAAAAUACAGCUCUAGUUAAGGUUACUGCUGAAGUCGAUGCCUUGUUCAAAUUUGCAUGCAAAGAAUGAACGAUACAUGAUACCUUUAGAAAAUAACUGUCCUGAAAUUUUAGUCAAAAAUUGCCUUGUCAUUAGCAUGUUCCAUAAACUGACAGCGCUUCUUUUGAAUAAAGGGCUCUAGAUGGUCCACUACUUUGUCAAGAGUAAAGCCUUUAGUCUGGAGAUUCUGCUGUGUAAAAUUAACUUCCUCAAGUAACACUCUCUUAAUCAAGCAGAUAAACCUGACAUCCCAGACAGCAUGUAAUAGACGUUGUGCUGUAUGACUACCAUGCUCAGAUUUUAAGGGGCGGGGCUAUUGACGAAAUGGCAAAAAUAUUAUUGUUUGAGUAUUUCUGGGCUGAUAUAUUUGGUUAAAAAAUUAUUUUAAAAAAAAAAAAAAAAAUUUUUUUUAAAGUUAAAAACAGUGGUUAUUUUAGCCUCCGGUUUGAUUUGAUUUGAUUGAAUACUUACUUAUAUAGCGCUAAAUAUCCAUGCUAUUUUGUCAUGCUUACUGCGUUCUCAGCAUCCGGGACGUAGCAGGGGUUGUAGGAAUGAUUCAUUGUUUCGAUGUUUGCCUAGUGUACGGGACACCAUCUACGGUUUUGAAUUUAGGGUUUCCUUCUCUUAGAUGAUUUUCCGACCAAGGUUAGCGAGUCCCAUCUACCCGCGGUGCUGGAAUUGAAUUCCAGACAACCAACUUGAGAUUUACUCAGUUUAGACCACUCGACCACCCAGUACCAGUGUAAUCAAUUCCCCUGAGAGCAAUGUCAUAAAUGGGAUUCUUUGUUAAAUCGUAACGACGAUAAGUUUUUAAAAAAGAGGAAAUCAAUUAUACUUUUCUCAAACAGGGAACAAUAUAUAAUUUUUAGUAUGUGUAUUUGUUUCAAUAAUCUAAUAUAAAUGAACGCUGGCACAAUAGGUGAUGUUUGUUUUUAAAUUAUACGUUCGCUUACAUAUAACCUACAUUAUUCUUUAAAUAAAGAAGUCUUUAUCGGGUUUGUAUGAAUGACUUUAAAUAUGGUCAAUAUUGUUCUCGCCAAGUCGAUUAAUUGAAAGUGUUUAUGUGAAAUAUAUUUAUUUUGAAAUGUCUUUAGAUGCACUUGAUUAAGGUAG